AUGGAGAUCUGGAAUAAGGCUGCUAUAGCCAAACAUAUCUGGUUUUUGUUUUCUGGGGGGGAGUGUUCUAUGUGGUGCCAAUGGGUUAAGUCUUAUUUGCUCAAAGGUAAGAGUUUAUGGGGUGCUAAAAUGCCUUCUGAUCCUUCCUGGGUCUGGAGGAAACUACUAUCUCUUAGGAAUCUUAUUUUCCCUCUUAUUAAAUUCAAAAUUGGUAAUGGGGAGAAUGUGUUUCUUUGGUUUGAUAACUGGCACCCUCUUGGCUCGCUUUGGCAGAGGUAUGGGCAAAGAAUUUUGUAUGACACUAACCUUCCUGAUAAUUCUAAAGUUAGUUCCAUUAUUUUUGAUGGAUCUUGGAAGUGGCCUAUCCCUAGUUCUUGGGAGAUAAGGGAGUGGAUUUCAUCUACACCUCCUGCCCUCUAUCCUUCCAACUCUUUGGAUACUCCUCUCUGGAGCUUAAAUGCUGAUGGUGUGUUCUCUAUUCAGUCUACUUGGGACUACUGGAGGGAUAAGGGUCCCAAAGUCUCUUGGUCCAAGAUGAUCUGGGGAUCUCCAUUAAUUCCUAGAGUUGGCAUCUGCACUAAUUGUCUCAAUUCAAUGAUGGUUUUCUAUCAAUUAGCAAAUUUGGACAGGUCUUGUGGUGGUUUGAGUGAUGUUAAGGAAGCUACCACUCAUUCUCUAUGA